AUGUUCGUCCGCAACGACGCCAAGACCUUCCGCUUCUGCUCCUCGAAAUGUCACAAGAACUUCAAGAUGAAGCGUAACCCCCGUAAGGUCCGCUGGACCAAGGCUUUCCGUCGCGCCAACGGCAAGGAGAUGGUUGUCGUACGUAUCAAAUUUGACGGCAGCCGAUGCUGGAAGAGGAAGAGUGAUGAAGGAUCCACACAGUGGAGGAUCGCAUCGAUGGCAACCGCGGCAUCGACUGUGCCAGCAGCCAUGGCACUGAGGUCGCACCGAUCUGCAGUGCUCUGGCUUCCAAACGAAGCUAUUAUGGCGGUAGCAGGAUACCGCGAACCACGCUGCUGCAAUCGCGAUUGCCUAUCCUCUACCGCUCGUUAUUGUUCCAUCAUGACCUUCCUUACAGCUGUGGCUUUCUUGUCCUCCAAGCUAACACCCCAGGACUCCACCUACGAGUUCGAGAAGCGUCGCAACGUUCCUGUCCGCUACGACCGUGAGCUUGUUGCCACUACUCUGGAGGCCAUGAAGCGUGUCCAGGAGAUCCGCACCAAGCGCGAGCGUGCCUUCUGGAAGAACCGCAUGUCCGGCAACAAGUCGAAGAAUCUCCGCGAGGCCGCUGCCGAUGUCGAGAAGCACAUCGAGCUCGUCGAGCCCCGUACCAAGACUGUCGAUGUCGAGGACAAGUCUGCCGAGCGCGAGAAGAUCAAGAUCCGCGCGGCCAAGCGCAAGAUCAUGGCCGAGCAGGAGAUUGCGGGCGCCAAGAAGAAGAAGCGCGAGAGCCGUCUCGUCCCCGCCGAGGGCGGCGGUAUGGGCAUGAACCUCGACUAA